AUUUUGCUGGUUCCGUAUUUCGGAUCUGUGAGGUGGGGGAGGCGGGGGAGCCAGACGCCUCGGUUCACUCAGGCCUGCAGCCUCUAAAACCCGAACUCGGAGACCCUGCUGCCCUCCUUCCGCUGUCCGCGAUCAGAGGACCGUUCUCUUCCUCUCGGUUCCCGCGCCAGUUCCGAAUCCUGACGGGGCGGGGGCCAGCGGCCCCUCCCCUGCUCUCGUAGGACCGAAGAUGAGCUUCCUCUUCAGUAGCCGUUCUUCUAAAACAUUCAAGCCAAAGAAGAAUAUUCCUGAAGGCUCUCACCAGUAUGAACUCUUAAAACACGCAGAAGCAACUCUAGGAAGUGGGAAUCUGAGACAGGCUGUUAUGUUGCCAGAGGGAGAAGACCUCAAUGAGUGGAUUGCUGUUAAUACUGUGGAUUUCUUCAAUCAGAUUAACAUGUUGUAUGGAACUAUUACAGAAUUCUGCACUGAAGCAAGCUGUCCAGUCAUGUCUGCAGGUCCCAGAUAUGAAUAUCAUUGGGCAGAUGGUACUAAUAUUAAAAAGCCAAUCAAAUGUUCUGCACCAAAAUACAUUGACUAUCUGAUGACUUGGGUUCAGGAUCAGCUUGAUGAUGAAACUCUUUUUCCUUCUAAGAUUGAAUAUUCCCAGCUAUUCUGCGAUAUUUGUUCUUCCAAAGAACUUAGAAUCAUUUUCUUAAGGUAAAAAACUGUCUUCGAUUUUACGUAUGAUUACAUCCAAUUUUUACAGAUACAUACAAGGAUUCUUGUUCUCUUUACAAUACUGAGUCUUCUUAGCCAAGAACAACAAGAUAACAUUCUUUAUUCACUUUUGUCUUUUAUCUGCUUAUAAAGUUCUAUAGUUUAUUUAAUCCUUCAAGUUUCUUAAAUUUAUUCCUAGGCAUUUUAUACUUUUUAUUGAUAUCUGAUUUCUGAUUAUUAUUUGAUAUGUAAGAAAGCUGUUGAUUUUUCUAUAAAUUUUAUAACAUCAAACUUUGUAUCCAUUAGUUUUUGGUCAGUUCUCUUGAGUUUUUUAAGUAUAUAAUCUCAUAUGAAGAUGAUGUUAAUUUGGCCUCUUCUUUUCUGCUAUGUAUUCUUCUUGUUUUAUGCUUAUCUAAUUGCACUGACUUCCAGAAAAAUGCUGAAUUAUAGUGACAAUGGCAAAGCAUCCUUAUUUUGUUUCCUUAUACUUAUUGAAAUACCUGUAGAAUUUCCUCAGUAAACAGGAAUUUCUUAUUAAAGGGGUAUGGAUUUUUUUUAAAUCAUAUUAAUGAAAUAUCGAUUCACUUCUAUUAUAAAAAUGUUUUAAAAUCUGGAAUGGUUGUAAGUUUUUUUUUUUUAAUCAGAAAUUUCUCUUGUAUCUACUAUUGAUGACUAUAAGACUUUCUCCUUAUUUAUUUAUUUAUGCUAACCUUUUGCAUGCUAAAGCACACACUGCCAGUGAGCUAUACCUGCAACCCCUUCUUUUCUUUUUCUGCUAGAAGAGUUUUUCUUACUUGUUAGUAUUUUGAUGAAGAUUUUGGCAUCAUUAUUCAAGGAGGAGAUUAGUCCUUGUCAUUUUCAAUUUGAAUAUCUCUGAGCAACAUAUUGUCAAAUUCCUUUUUGCAAUCUAAAUAGAGGCUUUUUCAGGAGAAAAAUUUAUAUCAAGUUGUUAUACUUGGUCUGUUUGCUGUGGUCACUUUUUCCAUUCUGUUACUUCCUUUCUCACAGAUUCUUUAUUGUAUAUUGCCUUUGCUCAAAUAUGUUAAAUUCCACUUGGAAAGUACUUAGAUCAAAACAAAUUACUUUUUACUCACUAAGGUUUCCCUCUUAUAGACAGAAAACAUUUUUUACUUUAUUCUUUUUUCUGAGAUUCCCAUUCUUUGAUAAUUAAUUCAUUCUGAUGGUCUAAAAUCCCCCCUUAUGUUAUGACUUACUUUUAUUCAUUAUUUAUUCUUAUUAGAACUGUUUAUUAAUAAUAUUUAGUAAUAUAUUCAAGUUAUUAAAAUUCCCAUUUGUACAUUUUGAAUGAACGGGUAUUUGAUUUAUUUUUAUUUUUAUUUUUUUAUAUUUUAUUUUUUAGUUGUAGUUGGACACAAUACCUUUAUUUAUUUUAUGUGGUGCCAAGAAUUGAACCCAGAGCCUCGCACAUGCUAAGCAAGCAUUCUACCACUGAGCCACAAUCCCAGCCCUAGUAUUUGAUUUUUAAAAUCUGCCUUUUUAAUACCUGAAUACAAGAUCCUGCCCACAGAAACAUUUACGUAAGCUCUGGUGUAAUAUUUGAAAAGUCAAGUUUGACAAGACUUGGGAGGGAGCGGAAUAACCACAAAAAUCUGCAAAAUAUACUUGAUUUCAAGCAGUUAAGGAGUAAGAAUAAAAGAAAGAAUGCAGGGAAAAAGUGUUUAAAUAAGCCUUUGCUUUCUAAAGGGUUGGAAAAAGGAGGUAUUUCAAGAAUAGUAUUGUGGAACAGGCAUUUAAGGCUAACUCAUCUUGGUUGUUUUGGAAGCAGAUGCCUUCUUAGUGUUUAUUCUCUGUAGCCAGUGUCAAUUGUAUUCUUUCUCCUGCCUCUGUUUUUCUAAGAGAUUUUAAUAUUUUGUCAACCAAAAUUUGUAGGAAUGAGCUAGACACUAUGAUGCACACCUGUAAUCUCACUGGCCCAGGAGGCUGGGACAAGAGGAUCACAAGUUCAAAGUCAGUCUAAGUAAUGUAGCCAAGGCCCUAAGCAACUUAGUAAGACCCUGUCUGCAGUUAAAUAUAAAAAGGAGUGGGAAUGUGGCUCAGUGGUUAAGCACCCCUGGGCUCAAUGCCAGUACCAAAAAAAAAAAAAGAAUUGUUAGAAAUGUAACCAGUUGCAACCCUGUCUCCACUGUUGA